GUAGGAGGGUGAAGUUUGUGUUGUUGGGUCUGUAUCUGUAAGUCGCCAUAUUGUUGUGAUUGUUGUGUUUCCGUGUUGCUGCUGCUGGUUCUGGUUCUGGUUCUGGUAGCGGCUGCGCUCUGCUCCUGUAUCCGGGCUCCCCGCGCUCUUCCCCGGCUGCUCCCCGCUGGUCUGGCCGCUAUGCUGAAGCUGAGCUCCGGCUGCGCGGCGGCGCUUCUACUGCUGAUCUGCGCCGCCGCGGCCCAGAGCCCCGUACCUGUCUCAGCACCAUGCAGGAGCUUCACCACCUGCGACACCUGCCUCACCAACGUGUCCUGUCUGUGGUGCAACACCAACUCCUCCUGUACAGAGUACCCAGUGUCCUACGUCAUUCCCCCCGCCUCCGUCUGCCAGCUCUCACAGGCCCGCUGGGGAGUGUGCUGGGUGAAUUUCGAGGCUCUGAUCAUUGCGAUGGCGGUGGUGGGCGGAGUCCUGCUGUUGUCGAUCACGGUGUGUUGCUGCUGUUGCUGCUGUCGCUGUUGUCGAUCACCACGGCCGGAUCGUGAUGAAGAGGAGUUUGUGAGGAGGAGGGAGGAGAUCAAACAGCGCUCAGAUGAUCGGAAGUCGGAGAGGAGGGCGAGACACGAUGAGAUCCGGAAAAAGUAUGGUCUUAUUCCGGACUCUGAUCACCCGUACAGUCGUUUUGAGAACGAGUAAACCGGGAACCGGCGGGAGAACGCUGAGGAACGUUCUCCUCUCCAGCAGACGAGCAUCCAAACUCCUCCUCCUCCUCUUCCUUCAGCUCUAUCUGAUCACAGAUCUGUCUGAUUCGCCGCAGCGCUCCUCCUGACUCCGCCCCCCAUCCUCACUGACGCAAUACACCAGCCUGAUUAACGGAAUGAUGGGAAAUUCUCUGGUAGUGGAGUGUUUAUUAUCUGCUCUGGGUUCUGAAGGUUCUCUGACACGUCGUUGGUUUUGAAUGUUAAAUUUAGUAAUUCGUUUUUUUUUGAUCUGCUGUUUUAAAUCACUGUAUCCGUGCUCUUCUUAACGAUUCCUAAUAAAGUUCUUCUACUUUUA